ACGACCACCACCACCACCACAACCAACGGCCACACAAAUCCAUGGAGUUCCUCCUUGACAAGGAGAACCUGCAUUUCGUCAAGCCGCCGGAGAACGAGUUGCAGAAAGUCGGCGAACGUGUGCCAAGCGAGCACGAGCUCAGAGUGCAAAGGUCUCUGCAACGACUGAACGUCCCAGAUUGGUACAAGAAUUCUCCCGCUGCUCGCGAUGGUUUCCGGUUAAAGAGGCACUCAGAUGCGUCUCAGCACGGAGGAUGGCGUGCUCUUGGCUCGAAAACCACUUCCCUCUCGUCCCUUUCAUCGUCUUCCAAUAGACAGCCGACUACAGGUGCCCUUCUAAGUCCAAGUCCCACGCCACCUGUAUUUUCAAGAUGGAGUACCAGUCUGCUGAACAGCGCCGGAAGUUCGCCAGCGAGUUCAGCGAGGUCGUCGUUCAACCAUCGACAGCCAUAUUUGGGCUGGCGUUCUCAGGAACGACUAACGAACCCGCGAACACCGGCAGAACGUCUUGCUCAGGGUAUUCUUCCCCAGCUGCAAGCAGCCAACAAGCAGCAACAACAACAGCAGCAACAGCAGACAACGAAUCAGCAGCUAGAGGUAAGGAACUCGAUAAAGGAGGUAACCUCGGCCAUUGUGCACUACGUGCAAAGCGGUCAGGAGGUUGGUGGAGGUGGCAGGCUGUCGCCUCGACCUCGACCUGAAGACUGGGACGACAGGGGCGGAGCAAGGUCGACCAGCCCCAGAGGGAGCGUGAAGCUGUGUUGGAUGGAGAGCUCGUUCGUUGGCACGAGACCCGUGGAUUCGCCGGAGACACCGAUGAGUUUGGCCACGGAGACCGACUGCUGCCCGGGAUGCAACGCGACAGCUACCGAGACGUGCAGCUGCGUCGAUUCCGCGACAUCCGGCCUCUUCUUGGAUUUGACACCGACGCACGACGAUGCCCAACAACACCAACAACAACAGGAAAUAGGUGGCGGCGGUAGCCUAUGCCCAUCACCGUCCUCGUCACUCAAUUAUCACCACCAUCAUCAUCAUCAUCACCGUCAGCUUCACCAUCAACAACAAUCUCAGCAGCAACAGCGCCAUCACCGCGGAUCGGGCCAGAGCGAUACGGACGAGGCGAUGGCGACGGCAGCUCUUCUGCGGAACAAACCGAGCCCGGGUUCCACGACCCUGGAGGACGUCCUUGACUCCCUCCUUGGCCUGCCAUCCGCGUCGCGUACCCCGAGUCCUGGGCCAGGUCCCGUCGUAACCGGUACAUCCACCACCAUACGCCAUCGAACUAACGUCGGCCAGGCUAAUGCGAAAGCCGGGAAGAGCUGCAGCGACCUACGCCAAGACCUCCAAGAGUCCGCUAAGAGCGUGGUGGACGUGCAAGGAACUUCGGAGGAGCGUGCCUCGUAUUACAUGGGCGAGGUUGUGCGGCGGAAAAGCGAGGGCAGCGACAGCACGCCGUUGAAAGCAGCGAGUGCGCAAUCGAGAGGAGGCGGGCCACUGUUGACACAUCGAAGAGUGUCGUUCGACAACAAUCAAGACGCGAACGGAUUGGUGGCCUGCAACGCAGGAGAGAAGGUGAUUCGUUGCCGGAACAACAAGUGCGGCAAUACGGCAACACUGGCCGAGGCUAAGAAGACGUACAAAAGCUGUCACAACUGCACCUGCCUCUAUUGUUCGAGGGAGUGCAGAAGGGCGCACUGGCAACGCCACAGGAGGACCUGUUUGCACUCCCGUGCCGGGAGCCUGUGCAAGCAGGUGUUGUCCUCGGCGAAGGAGGAUCCCGUCACUCUUAAGCACAUCUCUGCGUUGGCGAAACGUGGCCACGCGUUCCACGGCCGCGGCGCCGUCAAGUGUUUCUUCUCGAGUCCCGAGGCGGCUGAAAAAUUCGUUGCGAACGGUUUCGUGGAUCUGGGCGAGCCCACGUACGUCCGUUGGUCCGAUCUGUUGGCGAGAGAGAUGGGGGCGGAGUUGUACGCCGAGGUGAUCAGACUUUGCAAAUCGUACAACCCUGACACGAGGCUCGUGCUGUACGUGGGUGAGCGAGGUGCCCACGAGCGGGGCCGUGAAGUGGGAACGGCAAUUGGUGUCCAGGUGCGCCAAGAUACACCUGGACACGGCCAACCGGCACCACACGUCCUCGUCGUCCGCCUCGCCGCAGGGUAGGCAGCAGUCCACGUCCCCCACGUGCAACAUCACCAGGGAGAUGGAGUCGCCGGAAAUGUUGGUGCUCA